ACCCUGCCUGUUUUAUAAUACUCAGUCACUCAUUUCCACCAUGCUCCCCCUCCUCGCACUCCUCCCCUUCCUCGCACUCACCACCGCCCUCCCCGCCCCUGCCGACGCGGACGUAGCCCCCGAAUCGACCGGUACAGCCGUCACCAGCAAGCUCCCCCUCAAGCUCCUCGCUUCCCGCCAGUACUCGGACUCUCUCGUCGAGCGCCAGGCAUGGCUCAAACACCAGGCCAAGUCGCUCCAGGCAAAGUACGCGCUGAGCUUGGAUGAAGAGUGGAAGAAGCUCAUUGGGAUGAGCAAGAGGGACUCGGGGAGUGUGCAGUUAGAGGAUUUGAACUAUGAUGGGACGUAUGCUGGUACGGUCUCUAUCGGUACCCCCGCGCAAGACCUUUUGCUCGUCCUCGACACCGGUUCUUCCGACCUGUGGGCCGCUGGAUCCGGAUGUUCUGCCGAUUUCUGUCAAGACGUCGAAACCUUCAACAAGAACGCUUCCACAUCCUACCAAAAAGCCGAUGGGACCUUCCGUAUCACCUAUGGUUCUGGCAGUGCUGCCGGCGACUAUGGAACGGACGUCGUCGACCUUGCUGGGUUUUCCCUUGCCAAUACUACUUUCGCUGUGGUAGACCAAGCAACAAGCGGCCUCAUCGACGAGCCUCUCUCCGGUAUAAUGGGCUUUGGCUGGACCGCGCUCGCCUCCUCCAAAGCGUCCCCGUGGUGGGAGACGCUCGCGUCUACGGGGCAGUGGGACGACCCCGAGUUUGGGGUUUAUAUGGCGCGCUUUAGGGGGGUGGAUAGUGCUACGAGUGAUGAGAAGGAGGGUGGGGAGAUUACUUUUGGGGGUGUGGAUUCGUCCAAGUAUAGUGGGGACCUGAACUAUAUCUCGAUCGACGAUUCUGCAAAGGAUUACUGGCGUAUCGCUGUGGAUGGCUUGAGCGUUAACGGCGAUGACAUUUCUAUCUCCUCCCCCCAAGCCGCCAUCGACACCGGCACAACCCUCAUCGGCGCCCCCUCCUCCACCAUCUCCUCCAUCUACGCCCAGAUCCCCAACUCUGAACCCUUGGACAGCUCCGUCGUCGGCAGCGCGGGGUACUACCAGUUCCCUUGCAAUACUACUGUGAGCGUCAAGUUUACGUUUGGGGGGCAGGAGUAUGAGAUGGAUGGGGAGGAUAUGAAUUUGGGGAGUUUUACGGAUGAUGAGAGUAUGUGUACGGGGGCGUUUUUUGAGCAGCAGAUGUCAUCACGAUCCCCGGUCCAAUGGAUCGUCGGCGCGGCAUUCUUGAAGAAUGUGUAUACGGCGUUCAGAUAUGAGCCUACGGCCAUUGGGUUUGCGGCGCUUGUGGCGAAUGGGACUUCUUCAUAAGUCGCCCUCACUUUCUCCCGUCCAUCCUCCCCCCCUCUCCCCCCCUCUCCACUACUCUCAGCCUCGACCAUCUUCCGACCGUAUACUCUCUUUUGACCUUGACCCUCGUUAUCCGCCACUCGACAAAAUCUUGUAUCCCUCAUCCCGAAGUACUACAAUAAACGGACACUUUCCCCUUUCUCGCUCCAUCCGCCAUACUAUACCACCGCAUUCACCAUACCACACAUAACCAAAUAGGACAAAAAGGACAAUUUCUUUCGAAAACCUUUUCAUUAUGUCUAUAGUUUUUUCUACCCCCCAGCACCCUACCAUUUUUACCCAGAAAAAGAAAAAGAAGAGAAUCCCCAUUAAUGUAUUGUAGCGCACCAUGUAUUGUCGAACCUCUUCUUGCAUCUACUACUCUACAUUGUUCUCUUUCGACAUGCCCUUUGAAUAGUGACGCCAUAAAGGAGGCAAUAUGGAACCGCGCAACGCCACGAAAGAAGCUAGUGUACUCGAGCAUGUGUCCGAGCACGCUGCUAUGGCUAGUCCAGCAUGUCAGCGUUUACCCAGGUAUGUAAGGUUUAGCUUCUCGCUUGACGGUAUCUCUGUAGCGUGGAUAUGAGAUGACG